AUGCCAACGUUUUUAACAUCAUUUCAGUAUAGAGACAUAGACACGGUCAUUUGUGAAUUGGAACAAAAUUACAAUGGGAAAGAAGUAUUAUAUCUUAUAAAACUGCCAAAAUUUCCAAAAAAUCUAGAACAAAUGGCAAUUGCUCGUUAUUUAUUCAAACUACUUUUUAAUUGUGUUUUUGAAUAUUUUGAAAUUCAUCGGGUUUUAUUUAAUCCACAAAUGAUUGACUUAUUGUUUGAUGUUGAAAAUGAAACAACAAAUUUUCCUUUACAAGUUCAUUCUCAAAACACAAAGCUACCUUUUCUUUGGAAUAACGAUCCUUGCUUUGUUUGGAAUCAUUUGGUUUCUAAUCGACUUAGAGUUGAUAUGCAUGCAUAUGAUACAGAAUAUCUGUUUAAUGACAACGUCCAAGACAUUGAUAUAUUUAAUGACUUAACUCAAGGCCCUACCUCGAGAUUUAGAACUUUUGUGUUUGGUUUGUACAAAAUGUUGACUGAAGGGGGAAACAAAUUUUUAAAUAUUACUUGUACACAUCUCGACUCUAGACUUUACAAUCUUAUCAUAAAGGUUUGUACAUUUCUACUAUAG